UAUCGGUUAUGUCUCGGCUUUCCUCCCAUUCAGAAAACACUGCCGAAUUGAAACGAGCUCCAAAGGGGACGUUGACUGAAUAUAAUAGAAAGUGUCCCUAUUAAAAAUCGGCAAAAAGAGCCAGUUACAUCAUAUUUAGAGAAGUUUUAUUACAUUUACAACUCCAUUUCGUGGGCUUCCACAUGUUUACAAGAGAGAAGCAACGCCGUAAAGCAGCAGACAUAGGUUUGCGUCAUUUUUUUUUACGUGAAUCGCUUGUCAAGGGCAUUUGAAACCAGUUUCUCUUAUUUUAACGCUUUAUACUAUAGGCUACUACACAUUGCUGAUGGUGAUGUUUUUGAAAGCCCCUAGAUCCCUAGAAAGUUUCGAUCGGUUUCACACAACCCAACGAAACCUUUUCUUUAACUUGCAGUAUGUAAAUUGAUUAAUCCAAAAACCAACUCAUUAUUUUAUUUUCCUUAUUAAAAGAGAAACGAGUCGAGUUAUACAUGUUCUCUGUGGUGCUCAUCGUAUCAUUUGGUAGUCUGUUCACAAGAGAUUAUAUAACUUGUUGUAGUUUGCGCUUCUUUGUUGUGUUGACUGUCGCUGACGCCUGGUGGCGCUAGUAGUAAAUGUUUUUAUCAGACGACGUUAGUUGUCAAACGCGAAAGUCAAAAUACAAAACAUAUUCCGAAAAGAGUUGAUCGUCCUCCCCUUAUCAUUUCGCAAUCUGUGGCUUCAUUUAGUUCUCCGUCACACUUAAGCCACGCAAACUCUUUUUCUUUUGAAAAAAAUCAUUCUAGUCAUCUCACGAAAAUGGCUCUCCGAUCAAACAGUAGCAGAAGAACACCCCGGUUCGAGGAGUCUGAGGAUAGUGUCACAGAACCGUUGAUCUCUCAGACUAACUUAAACAUGAAUUCAUCUGAUAAGUCGACGAAGCUGUCCACUUUUUUCACUUCAAAGCAGAAUAUUUACAGCAUUUAUGUUUUGCUACUAUUUCUGAUAACUUACUUGUUGAAUCAACUUGAUCGUUACAUGCUGGCCAUAGUAACGAAACCUUUAGCACAGGAAAUUCAUUACGGAGAUCAAGGAUGUAUGACCAACACCUCGGCCACAUUUCCAACCCCACAAGUAGUGUGUCAAAAGCUGACCAAUGAAUCUAGCUGUGCUCAAUUUCUGUACAAUGAUACAACUUUUGGAGGUUGUAAAUGGGACUACACAGGACAAGGUUUUGACUAUCAGAUUCUUGCUGGACCAAUUUUCAUCUUGAUUUACACGUUUGCCGCUAUCCCUGUUGGUAUUGCAGCUGACCUCUAUAACAGAAAAAUUCAUACUUAUAUGCAGGUACUCCUCGGCAUCAGUCUUAUUUUUUGGUCGGUGUGUACCCUCUUAUCUGGAUUUGUUACCAGCUACUGGCAAUUGGCUCUCUUGCGAUUUGGCUUAGGACUAGGAGAAGCGGGAUGCACUCCGUUUGCGACAUCAUUAAUUGCCGAUUAUUUCGGCCAAGAGUUGCGUGGUCUGGCCAUGGGCGUCUAUAACUGGGGUAUUUAUACAGGGUACUCCCUGUCUUACGCCCUUGGCAAUUUCAUCACCGAUGCCAAUAUCAAUAACCAAGGAUGGCGCUGGUCUUUUAUCAUCGCUGGAAUUCCAGGAAUUGUCAUUGGUUUUAUCAUUUUAUUGACGGUCAGAGAACCGAAACGCGGCGAAAAAAAUGUUCCUUUAACGGUGAAAGUAGAGGUUUCUGUCGGAAACGCAGAACCUUCAACCAAAGAAAAAUUCAAACAGAUGUUCAAAUUGAUACGACCGUCCUUGUUGCUGUUGUGCAUUGCAAGCUCUAUUCGUAACGCUGCUGGCUACGUGUGGGCCUAUAACACGCAAGUGUACUUCGAUGGGCUCGGUCAAACUCCAACUCAGAUUGGCACUUGGAUGUCUUGGAUCCCGGUUGUUGGCGGUUCCAUUGGUGUUGUCUUUGGCGGUUUUAUUUCUGACCGAGUUGUUAAGCGAACGGGACCCCAUGGAAGGAUUUGGGUUUUGGCAUUAAGUCAGAUCAUCUCGUCUCCUUUCGCUGCGGGAGUCCUGUUUCUUGAUCCACCUUACUGUUACUUUAGCCUACUACCUAAUUACAUUAUCGGCGAAAUGUGGGUAGGUGUAGCUCUUGCCGUACUGGUUGAACUUGUGCCAGCCGACGUCAGGACUACUGCUGUAGCAGCUUACUUUUUCAUCAUUUCGAAUAUUGGUGGAAACAUGCCUCUUUUAGUGCCUCCUGUCAAGAAAGCUUUCAUCGACGCUGGUUAUGGGGAGGUUGAUUCUUUGCGGAAUACCCUUUAUUUGUUUUUCCCCGGAGAAUAUAUUCUGGGUGCCUUACUAUUUCUCGUCUCACUGGUUGUUCUGCAACGUGAUAUUGAGUACAUCAAACAACAGCAGGACAAGAAAAUUGAAACUAAUGAAGGAUCCCAAUCUCAAUUGCCCUCUAAUUAUGGAAGCGCAUCGACUCUGGCUACCGAUGACUGAAUCAAUCGCCAGAGAAACCUAAUCGAUAUAAAGCUUCUAUAAUCGUGCUUAGCCCUCAGAUUCACGCGUAAUAUUAUGUUGGUUUUUAUUUGUACGGAAUGGAAUGCGCGCAACUAAAAAACUUCAAAGAGCAUCUUUAUGUUUUCUCUGAAGCAAUGAUGGCAUCAUAAGUAACUGAAGGUAACGGAAAGUAAUUAAGUUAUAUGGUAUUAUUUCCAGGAUUAUAUUUUUAUAGCACUAUACUUAUUGUAUCAGUUAUAAUUUGAAGAUUAUUUUAGUAAAGAACAAGUUUAAAUUAAA